AUGGCCCGUGGAAACCAGCGUGAGAAGGCCCGCGAGAAGACCCAGAAGGAAGCAGCUCAACAGAAAAAGAAAAAUACCCAGUCUGGCACGGAGUUUGCUCGGACAAAGGAGGCCCAGGCAGCCAUUAUGCGCCAGAAGCAAGAAACUGCAAACGCCAAAAAAGCCGCUGAGGCAGCCAAGAAGAAGUAA